CGUGCGUUGCUCUCUCUCUCUCUCUGUCUCGCUCGACUAGGGUUAAGGAUUUUAAGAUCUUCUACACAAAAAUCUUCGAUUCAUGGACAUGUUGAAGAAGCGAAGACUCGAUGUGAACGGCGCCGUAUCGACUGGAUUGACGCCACAGGACGCGAGGAAGCUAAUGGAGCGAUUCUCCACCGAACAGCUUCUCGACAUCUUGCAAGACGCCGUCGCGCGUCACCCCGACGUUCUCGAACUUGUCAGAUCGACCGCAGACGCCGAUACCACUCAGAGGAAGCUCUUCAUCCGCGGCCUCGCGGCGGAGACGACGACCGAAGGUCUCCGGUCGCUUUUCUCCACUUACGGAGAUCUCGAAGAAGCCAUCGUGAUUCUCGACAAGGCGACUGCGAAAUCGAAAGGGUACGGUUUCGCGACGUUCAAACACGUGGACGGAGCUCUUCUCGCUCUGAAGGAACCGUCUAAGAAGAUCGAUGGGCGCGUGACGGUCACGCAGCUCGCGGCGUUUCGGAAUCAAGGUUCGGUUGCUGCUGCUCAUGUGUCCGCGAGGAAGAUCUACGUGGCGAAUGUGCCGGUUGAUAUGCCUGCGGAUAGGUUGUUGAAUGUGUUUCUCGCUUACGGGGAGAUUGAGGAAGGUCCUUUGGGUUUCGAUAAAGUUACUGGUGAAUCAAGAGGCUUUGCGUUGUUUGUGUAUAAGAGUUGUGAAGGUGCUCAAGCGGCACUUGCUGAUCCUACAAAGGUGGUUGAUGGAACACAUCUGCAGUGUAAGUUGGCUAUUGAGGGUAAGAAAGGGAAGCUAUUGGGCCAGGAUGGUGGUUCUGGGCCUGGACGUGGUAGUAUGGUGUGUCCUCCUCCUCCUGGACCUUAUGUUGGUUACUCACCACAGCCGCAUCACAUGAACUCCACACCAUGGGUUGCUAAUGCUGGUCACUACAAUGGUCCAUAUAGAAUGCCGCCACCAAGUUCCAUGUCUGGUGGUGAUUUUCCUGUGAAUGGGCACUAUUGGCAUUCAUCAGCUUCAUCAUAUCCUGGACAGCAUCAGCCUGUUGGUUCCUCCCCAAUGCCAAGAGUUCCUCUUGGAGGAAUGUACCCAAACUGUCCACCAAAUUACUGAGCGGUCUGUGACAAGGCGAAGAUGCUUUUUGUGUGCUUAGUGGUGAUAGAGUGAUUGUAGACUCUUUUAAAAAUCUCUGGAUUGAUGAAUGUACUGCUGCUUUGACCUCUGUCUCUCUGCACUUGAACUGAAUGUGGGGGGCCUCUGAACCCUUAGUUUCUCUAUGAAUUAUUAGCCUAGGAUGUCUUCCUAUAAUUUUUUUUCUUUCAUAAACAAUAGUUGGCAGAUUGGUUUAGUGAUUUUCAAUAAUAUUGGUUGUAUUUGUCUU